GUCCAGUAUCUCCGCUCGGUCGACUCGGCCUUAAACGAGUGUUGGGCGUGGUGAGCAAAUAACAGCACUGGAAGGCAAUGGAGGCCAGCCGUGGUGAUCUGUGUUUUGAUUUAGUGUGCUGAUCUUAAAGUGUCCUUUUGUUGUCGACUGGGACUGGCAGAGCGAGUGGUGUUGGCUUGUGAAGGUCAGGAGGGAUGAGGGCAGCCCGGGGCCUCGUGCUUCUGUUGGCGCUACUCGCAGUCGUCUGCCUCGCAGGGGCCAGGAAGGGCAGCGGCGGUAGCCGCACCGGUGGCAGCCGGUCUCGUGGUGGCUCCAGCCACAGCGCAGGGAGCAACACCCAGAAGACCAAGCCUGGCUCCAGCUCUGGCUCCGGCUCCAGAACAGGCACGGGCGGCGGCGGCAGCAGCCAAACGGACUCGCACUACAAGCCGAAACCCGACACGUCCCGCACAUCUGGAUCCUCCAACCCAGGGGCGGCCAACCCACCUUCAAACCCGGCGUGGGCCCCCCCUGUGUUCCGUCCUAUCCCUAAAAACCCCGGGGCAGCUUCCAAACCUCUCGACAACAAGCCCGGCGGGUUCCCCUACCCGGCAGCCGGCGGCGCUGCGGCCGGCGGUGCCGUGGCGGGCGGUGCCGUGGCGGGCGGAGCUGUGAUGGGAGGUUCCAGUGCGGUUCACCCAGGCUCUGUGCCCAGGGUCGCGAGUCCCAAUGUCAAAGCGGAGCAGCCGGCCCCUGGAGUGGGCCAGGCUGCGCCAGGGUAUGGCCAGCCUGCUCAAGGUCAACCGGGUCAAGGGUUUGGCCAGCCAGGUCAUGGUCAGCCAGGCUAUGGCCAGCCUGCUCAAGGUCAACCAGGUCAAGGGUUUGGCCAGCCAGGUCAUGGUCAGCCAGGAUAUGGUCAGCCAGGCUAUGGCCAGCCUGCUCAAGGUCAACCGGGUCAAGGGUUUGGCCAGCCAGGUCAUGGCCAGCCUGCUCAAGGUCAACCAGGUCAAGGGUUUGGCCAGCCAGGUCAUGGUCAGCCAGGAUAUGGUCAGCCAGGCUAUGGCCAGCCUGCUCAAGGUCAACCAGGUCAAGGGUUUGGCCAGCCAGGUCAUGGCCAGCCUGCUCAAGGUCAACCAGGUCAAGGGUUUGGCCAACCAGGUCAUGGGCAGCCAGGAUAUGGUCAGCCUGCUCAAGGUCAACCGGGUCAAGGGUUUGGCCAACCAGGUCAUGGGCAGCCAGGAUAUGGUCAGCCUGCUCAAGGUCAACCAGGUCAAGGGUUUGGCCAGCCAGGUCAUGGGCAGCCAGGAUAUGGUCAGCCUGCUCAAGGUCAACCGGGUCAAGGGUUUGGCCAGCCAGGUCAUGGGCAGCCAGGAUAUGGUCAGCCUGCUCAAGGUCAACCAGGUCAAGGGUUUGGCCAACCAGGUCAUGGGCAGCCAGGCUAUGGCCAGCCUGCUCAAGGUCAACCAGGUCAAGGGUUUGGCCAACCAGGUCAUGGGCAGCCAGGAUAUGGUCAGCCUGCUCAAGGUCAACCAGGUCAAGGGUUUGGCCAGCCAGGUCAUGGGCAGCCAGGAUAUGGUCAGCCUGCUCAAGGUCAACCGGGUCAAGGGUUUGGCCAGCCAGGACAUGGUCAGCCAGGUCAAAUUCAACCUGGACAGCCAGGAUAUGGCCAAGGUGGUGUUCCUGGAUAUGGGCAAUCUGGUCCAGGUUAUGCUCAUCCAGGUCUGAGGCCCGGCCAAUCAGGCCCGGGGUACGUCCCAGGCCAGGGUCAACCUGGACCCGGAUUUGGACAACCCAAUCCGGGCUAUGGUCAGCCUGGCUAUGGACAAUCUGGUCCAGGUUUUGCCCAGCCUGGCCUAAGGCAUGGACAGUCAGGUCCCGGCUAUGUCCCAGGCCAGGCACAACCAGGACAGGGGUAUGGACAGCCUGGAGGUGGGUAUGGACAGCCUGGAGGUGGGUAUGGGCAGCCUAGGCCAGGCUAUGCCCAACCGGGUCAACCGGGCUAUGGUCAGCCUGGCUAUGGUCAGCCGGGCUAUGGUCAGCCGGGCUAUGCUCAGCCAGGCUAUGGUCAGCCGGGCUAUGGUCAGUCGGGUUAUGGUCAGCCGGGCUAUGCUCAGCCAGGCUAUGGUCAGACUGGCUAUAACCGACCAGGUUAUGGUUGGAAUGCCCCAGUACAGCCUGCAGGUCAACCAGGCUACCAUUAUGGCCAGAACAAUCCAGGAUACGGUGGCUAUGGUGGCGGCUAUGGUGGCGGUUAUGGUGGAGGCUAUGGUGGCUCUGGGGGAUUUGGAGGCUUUGGUCAGUCUCCGGGAUUUGGUAGGGGUGGCUCUGGAUUUGGGGGUUUCGGCGGCCAGGGUUUCGGCGGCCAGGGUUUCGGCGGCCAGGGCUACGGCGGCUACAAGCCGCGCAGCAACCUACCCUACUGGGCGAUGGGCGCCGUGGCCGGCUACGGCCUCUACCGCUUCGGGAGGUUCACCGGCUCAAUAGACCAGCACCACCACCACUAUCACUACGACAACACCGGCAGGAGGAUCGGCUCCUCCGCCGACAGAGGGGGCACGCCAGGGGCUGGUGCCGGUGAGGGGCCUCGGGACAGUGGGAAGCCGUGGAUUCCCACCUACCCCAAUGGCACCGAUCUUCCUCUCGCAGAAAUCGGUCCGUUUGGCCCCAUAUUAUUUGAGGAGCCGACCGACACUUUGUAUCCAGAGGAUUCGCCGGAAAAAACCGUGACCCUACGCUGCCUUGCCAAGUCAAACCCACCCGCUACGUACAGAUGGCGUCACAAUGGCAUGGAGGUCAAGUGGAAUAAGAGAUACAGCCUGGAGGGCGGAAACCUGGUGAUCUCGGACCUCGACAGGGACCAGGACGCGGGCACCUUCCAGUGCCUGGCCACCAACAGAUUUGGCACCCUUGCCAGUCAACAAGCCACGCUCAAGUUCGCCUAUCUGGACCGGUUCCCAUCGGAGGAGCGGGGCCCACUGCGCGUGCGGCUGCAGAACAGCCUGGUGCUGCUGUGCAACCCCCCGCCCCACUACCCAGACGUCGAGUACCAGUGGCUGCUCAACGAGUUCCCGGAGCUGGUGCCACAGGACGAGCGGCGCUUCGUGUCGCAGCAGACGGGCAACCUGUACAUCGCGCGCGUCGAGGCCAGCGAUGCCGGGCGCUACGCCUGCCUCGUGCGCAGCACGCUCGGCCGCCACAGCCCCAACGUCAACAUCUUCAGCGCCUUCGCCCCCCUCGAGAUCCGGCGUGACUCCCCCAUGACGAGCUUGCUGCCACGCAUCGAGGUGAAGCCACCGGCGGAGACGGUGGUGCUCAAGGGAGACAACCUACGCCUCGAGUGCUUCGCUCUUGGGAACCCCGUGCCCAGCAUCUCGUGGCAGCGCAAGGACGGGCGGCUGCCGGAUCGCACGCGCCUCUCAGUGAGUGCCGCCGUGCUGGAGGUGGCGGACGUGACCCGCGAGGACGAGGGAGUCUACGUGUGCAACGCCACCAACGCUCUGGGCAGCGUUCUCUCCGAGGGGCGCAUCACCGUACAAGCUCGGCCAGAGUUUGUGUUUGGACUGGACAACAUAAUGGCAGAUGUGGACCAGGACCUGAACUGGACAUGCAAAGCCAAGGGGAGGCCUGCACCCACCUAUCAGUGGCUCAAGAAUGGGGAGCCAAUCGCCCCUCUGGCGGGCAAGGUGUUGGUGGCCGAAGGGGAGCUGAACAUCGUGAACCUGAGCGUCGGCGACUCGGGGAUGUACCAGUGUGUCGCCGAGAAUAAACACGGCAUCAUCUACUCCAACGCGGAGCUCAGGGUGCUGGCCUCGAAACCAGAGUUCGACCCCAAUCCACUAUCCCGCGUGGUUCAGAGCGCCUUGGGGGGCAAGGCCAUUGUCCCGUGCCUGCCCCAGGCUGCCCCCAAGCCGAACAUCACCUGGAGCCGUGGGACGGAGCUGUUGCACGUGCACAGCCGGAUGUCCGUGCUGGAAGACGGGAGUCUGGUGAUCCCCGAUCUGCGCAGAACGGACCAGGGCAACUACACGUGCUUCGCUGAAAACAAACUGGGCAAGGCCAAUGCUACGUUCACCCUGCUCGUCAAAGACGCGACCACGAUCAAGCUGGCCCCGAAGGACACGCGCGUCACCGUGGGGGAGAACGCCACGCUGCUGUGCCGCGUGUCGCACGACCGCACACUCGACGUCGCCUUCCUGUGGCUCCACAACGGAUACCCCCUCGACACCGUGUCGCCCGAGUCGCCCUUCCGCCGCAUCUCAGCGGACAAGGACACGGGAGACAUUCGGAUAAUACACGUGCUGCUUUACCACGCUGGAAACUACACCUGCCUGGCACACACUGCAGCUGACAGUGUGAUGGCCCAUGCAGUACUGCUCGUCAGAGGGCCCCCCGGCCCGCCGGGCGGGGUGAUCGCAGAGAACGUCACCACCAACACGGCGAUGGUGGCGUGGAGCCCUGGCACGGACAACGACAGCCCAAUCACGCGCUACGUCAUCCAGGGCCGGCCCGUGGGCACCUUCAAGUGGAAAGACCUUGUCACAGUUCCACAGGAGAUCGAAGGAAACGUAGACACGGCGAGGGUGGAGGGUCUCCGGCCGUGGCUGGACUACGAGUUCCAUGUCAUCGCCAUCAACACGCUUGGCUUCGGGGAGCCGAGCCAGCCCUCCCGCCCGGUCCGCACGCUGCCUGACGUACCGACCACUGCUCCGUUCGGCAUCACCGGUGGUGGAGGGAGAUACCGGGAGCUCACCAUCACGUGGACCCCGGUUUCCCGGGAGUACCAUUACGGCCCAGGCUUCGGCUACGUCGUCGCUUUCCGGCCCAACGGCACGGUCACCUGGACGGAGACUCUCGUGCCGGACCCGGACUCGGCGCGUUACGUGCACCCCAACGCCAGCUCCUUGCCCUACAUGCCCUUUUACGUCAAGGUUCGAGCCUUCAACCAGAACGGGGACGGGCCCUACAGUCACGUGGCCCUCGUCUACUCGGCCGAGGACGAGCCGACUCGGGCACCCGAGGGCGUGAACGUCAGGGGCACGUUGGCCUCCCAAAUAUCGCUGGCAUGGGAGGAAGUGCCGCCUGAAUCCUUCACCGGGAAGCUGCUGGGCUACGAGAUCCGCUACUGGAAGAAGGGCGAGGUGGAGGAGUCGGCGGAUCACGUGAAGACGGAAGGAGACGACAUCGCUGCACACGUGUCUGGCCUGCAGCCGUCCAGCACCUACCUACUCAACGUGCGCGCCUACAACGGAGCGGGCUCGGGGCCGCCCAGCGACACCGUUAACGCCACCACGCAGCCCUCGCCUCCUCAAGAAGUGCCGGUGAUUAAGAUGAAGAGCCAGCAGGAGUUGACCGUCGUCUUGGCCUGGAGUCCCAUAAAAGCACACUCCAAUGAGUCAACCCUGACUGGCUACAGGGUCGUGUAUUGGUCCAUGAACCAGCGGCCGAUCGAGCGUCACGACUUCAUAACCCAGGAGACGACGGUGCCUCUCAAGGUCAAGGUGGCGGGCGACUACAUGGUGGAGACUCGGGCGAUGAGCGUCGGCGGGGAAGGGCCACCCGGACGCUUCAACUUUCUCCAUCACGGAUGUUGAAAGAAGGAUCAAUCAGGAAACCAAAUCGCAAGUUCAAGAAGCGAAUCCCGGUGGAGGAGGACAAGUGGCUGCAGCAUCUUUCUGGGGAGCCUUGAUGGCUUGUGCCAUUCCUCUCCUCUCCUCCGCCCUCCUGCUGGGAUCUUCGUGAAGACAUCCCCUGAACACCCCCCCCCCCCCCCCCCCCCACAACAUCUCCCUCUCCCGCACCCCCUACAGCAUCUCCCUCUCAGUUUCUCCAUCGUCCCUGUAACCCCCACCAACGUUCUCACCCUCCCUGUCAUUCCAUCGUCUCCCGCUCCUCCUUCGCACGCCGCACUUUCAACGCACACGCUCGCCCACACUAACCCAGAUACAAAGCGCACGCUCGCCCACACUAACCCAUAUACAACGUGCACGCUCACCCACACUAACCCAGAUACAACGCACACGCUCGCCCACACUAACCCAGAUACAACGCACACGCUCGCCCACACUAACCCAGAUACAACGCGCACGCUCGCCCACACUAACCCAGAUACAACGCACACGCUCGCCCACACUAACCCAGAUACAACGCACACGCUCGCCCACACUAACCCAGAUACAACGCGCACGCUCGCCCACACUAACCCAGAUACAACGCGCACGCUCGCCCACACUAACCCAUAUACAACGUGCACGCUCGCCCACACUAACCCAGAUACAAAGCGCACGCUCGCCCACACUAACCCAGAUACAACGUGCACGCUCACCCACAGCAGCCCGUUCCCCUCGCACCUCCGAUUAACCCGGUUGGCUACGUACGGUGCGAAAGAAGUUCAACAACGAUACAGCACGUGCAACACACAGACAAGAGUCCUCUGUUCCGCUGUUGUUUUGUACCCUUGUGGUUCGAGUGUUGUUCGCGAGCACCUAUUUAGUCUGGCACGGCACACAAGAAGUGGUGUGGCCUAGAGCACAUCCACGCCCAGCUACUGUUGUCUCCCCAGUGCUAAUGCGCAUGACCACACUGCACCAGGUAUUCAAUGUGAGCUGGGUUAACCUCACGGAUGCUGAGGGCAGGUUCAGAUAGAACUUGCCACUGGUGUUUUUAUUAGGGCCAGGAAUCGAUUAUAUGAAGGGAACACACAAAAAGAUAUGUGCCUGUCCAUAUUUCUGGGACAGGGUCGAUCACCCUGUGGAUAGUCAACGCAAGCCUGCUUCCUGCAUAUCGGCUUGGUAGUUAUUGUGUAUGCGAUAAUGAUUCAAUCGCCUACUUUGGAGAGAAAGAUAACUUCUUAUACAGUGCGAGCAAGGUAGUCUCCGUACUCUCCGUGUUCAACUGAGAUUUGAUCGUCCCCACCUCUAUUGACAGUCCAGAUGGAAUUUCCACAUUCAUGCGGCUUUUUUCCACAUGUAAGGAGCCAGUUGCUCCACAGAACACAACCACUUUUGAAUUCCCACAAAGUUUCCAAGUGGUGCCGAUUCUACUGACCCACCAGGACUCGUGACAACGUUGAUGACAUCCCAGCCAUGUGUAUAUGCAUUAUUGUACAAGGACGCUUACAUAUUUUAAAUAGAUAGAUAUCCGUGUGUGUGUGUGUGUGUGCGUUUGUUCACAACACAUAGUCAUCAGGUCUGGAACAUGGGUAGGCAUAUAAUCCGGUUUGCUUACCAGAAGGGCAGGCUGUCUUGGAACAUCAUAUCGAUGGCUACAUAUAAAUCCACAUGCGCACACACACUCCGACACCCGUGCCACAACAACACCCAAGAGGACACAAUUUAAAUUUGCCACGAUAAAAAUUUGCCACAAAGCGGUACACAUUUUACGCAGCCUGGCGGGAUGAUGAGCCCGAAGGUUGACUCGCGACCGAGAUUUAAACUUGCAAUCACCUGGCAUGAGACGAUUGUCUCUGCCGCAACGCCAAUCUCGCUCCUCCGUGUGGAGUGUGGCCGUUUGCUCACGUCGCCGUGCAGACCGACUCAAUGUUUGACGCACUGACCGCCUGGCUAUGUACAGCACCACACACUAAUUUGCAUUCGUUUCCAUGCCACACUGGGGGAGGAGUGGAUGCCAUUGUCUAUAGAUGUGCCCGUGUCUCGGUAGGCGUCACCACGCCGGUUGCUUUAAUCCUGGGGAGGUUUCUGCACUCUCUAAUAAAGCUACCGUGUGUAUGUAUUGCUUCAUGUGCUCGUGAAAAUUAAACCUAUAUUCACAGGCUUUGCAUAAUUCUUAUGCAGAACAUUUGCACCACUUUGAACUUUCUUCAAGCCGCAUGUUUUGAAAGAAGACCCCAUAUACAAUUUAUAUAUAUGUACUGUAAUUACAUACACUGUACAUAGCUGUGCCAGUGCAGUAUGUCAUAAUUACAGUAUGUUCAUAUUGAAAUAAUUGAAUGCAAAUUACGUUUAAUUCAGCAUUCCAGGUCAUUGUGUCCCAGUUGCAUUUGUUUUGGCAAGCCAUAUCUUAGGUGAGUUUUAACAUCGAAUAUCAUUUAUUUUUUAUUUUUACUAGGCAAGGCCCACUGAGAUAUACAGCUUUUUUUUCAGAAGCGACCUGGCCACAAAUGUGAUAAGUGGCUUAUCACGUGGAAUGUUUUUAAAGUGGAGGGAAAAACCGGAGGACCCGGUGAAAAAUCCACGCGACCAGGCAGAGAGACACGCAAACUCCAAAUAUAUAUGAGUAAGGGUGGGAAUCGAACCCACGACCUCCUGUAUAUCAGGCGAGGUCGUUAAUAUCUCGCGAGGUGUGUCCUUUUCCUCAUUGGAAUCUUUGAUUUUAAUGUGUUGCCAAAUUAGUCACAUACAACAAGAUAGCAACAUUGUGCUAAGCUUACAAAUUCAUGCUCUACCAAUCAAGGUCUAACUCUCCAGGUGGCUCUGAGCACGGCUCAUUCACAACUCACAAUUGGCUGCAUUCACAAUUGGCUGCCGAUUAAUCACGCCACCUUAAUCUCUCCCGUUGGAGGCGAACCACUCCGAAAUUGCUGUAAUAACGUAAACGCUGUGUCGGCCGGGCGUACAGGUACGCUCAUUUUCAAAGAGAAACUCCCUCUGCAUAUCCGAGGCGAAAAUUUGAGUUCUGCAAGUUAACCGCACCUUCACCCAGCUUUGGCCCCUAUCUGUCUUCUGAUGAAGGACAUUCUGUAUUAUUGAGAUGGCAUGGACUAGAGUCCAUGUGGAUUGUGUUCCCUCAUGUGCAAUCUUAGUUUUAAUUGUAGCAAUUUCCACGGCUCUCGUUUGGCAUGCGUGACAACAACACUGGGCCCAGUGAACUUCUAAAUCUUAACACGUUAAAUUGCCUUGCGUAAUAUUUUUGACAUCAGACACAUUCUGGCACUAUGAACUCUGAAAAACUCUGAAAAAUGUUGCUAAAACUAAAGCCAACCCGCUGUUAUUGGUCCAGGACACAUUUCGGACAACACAUUUUUCAUACAAAAUGUUGCCCUGUCUUUAUAAAAAAAAUAUAUAACUGCAUUUAGAGAACCACUGUCGGACAUUGUUCAUUCUUGCAUUUUGUUGUUUUUUUGUUUAUUUUUCCAGUGUUUGGUUUGAGCUUUGCUUAUGUCAUGUAUAUCAGUCACUAAUAAUUAUAUUUGUGUGCAGCAUAAAAGAUUCACAAGACAUUUUCAGAGACGUCUAACACCAGACACACUGACAACAUUUGCCUUUAACUUGGCAGUACUAUCAAAAUAUUUCCUCACUAUAUAUGCAGUAUAUAAUGUAAGGAUUUGCUUUAACUCAUUUCCAGUAAAUGAUUUUAGGUAGGGUUUUUAACUGUGGAUAAAUACCUGGGUACGGUGCACGGACUAGAUUGAUUUUUAAUAUGCUGCAUAACACUGAUAAGAAUCGAAGUGGGAGUUUUUAUUUUCACUUGCGUUUAUACUUUUUUAACAUUACCACGUGUCUGUGAAGACACAAAGUGUGAUCACAAAGUAAGCGGUCUGACACAGAAACAAUGUGUGAGCUUAAUGAAACUGACUUUACUGGAUAGCUCCUUCUCAAAGUUGUCCAUCUUUUCCAAGGCUCCAGUUGUCUUGCCUUUUAAGUAAUUCGCUCUCAGUUACACGUCCUCUGAAUUGUCGACAGAAAAUUGCUUCCAUGCAAAGUGACUCAAUGUGGAAACGUGGAUGUCACUGAGAGAAACCAGGUCUGGAAUAUGAUUUCGUCGAGAUUUAUCUGAAUAAAAUGUAAAUUAUUAUUUUCUCCGGACUUUUCUGGGUUUUCAGAUUUUGUCAGACCCAUGGACUUUUUAAUCACCCUUUUGUGUUUGUAAAAUUUUAGUAGAAAAUGUCGCUUUAGGAUUUGUACAUUGUUUUCUGAACAUGUUCCUGUAGGUAGCUUUGCAAUGUUCCACUUGCUCAAACGAUAUAUGAUCGGCUAUGUGUAUUGCCAUGCGCAGUCUGUAAAGAAAAUAGGUUAAGUGAGUAGACGGAUGGCGUCUGUUUAAGCCACUGUUUUAUUCGGAAGGGAGCAUGAUCUGAUCGAGCAAUGCCGUGGCUACGCGUGCUUACAAACAUGGGUUGUUGUGAAGUGUCUUUCAGAAAGUGAGUAUAGCACACAAAUCAAUGUUGGAAACAGAGGAAUGAGUUCCACGUGAAAGAUGUCGUUUUAAUAUUAUCCUGUGCAGGAAAGUAGUGCUGUGACCCUGGAUACAGCUGAACGCUUUAGUGUAUCGCUUACUAAUACUAGGCUCUUAAAUGUGUGAUUUUUGUUUGUGUAUUGCUCACGUUAAAACGACGUAGCUUUUUUUCUUCCAGUGCGCUGUAAAAAUGCAACGCCUAAAGUUGCUUGCAUUGUUAUCGAAUGCACUUUCAUUGCCUGUUAAUACGUUUUUAAAUGUUGCUGACCAUUCAAAAACACACAUUAGGAACACUGUAAUACUCGGGAAUGGUUUCAACAUUUAAAGAUUGUUGUUGGCGGGAAGUGGUUAGAAAUAUGUUACCUUAUAGAAAGUGUGUAUGUUCUGAACAGGAAUUGUUUAAUAACUUCAGGCCAGAUUAAGGGCAUUCAUUACUUUCAUUUAUCAUGUAUUAUACAGUAAAAUAUGUAUUUAUGUAACGAAGUCCUUGAUGAGGAACUUUCAUACCGAAACGAUGCCCUAAUCCCUUACCAUUGCUGAGUAAAUUAAUGCUCUCCGUUUACUCAUGAACAGUGAUACAGAAAUGCUUGCAGGAAUGUACCACCACUUUGAUAAACAGGAAUUAGAACUGGAUUUGGAAAACGGCGUACAGUCAACUUAUUGAAAUUAACUAAUGUACCUUGACGGUGCAAGUCACCACAACAUGCUACGCGAAACAUGAUGAAAAUAAUUUAUUACAAUAAAUCAAAGUGGGUUUACCGCGGUAUAAAGUUACCCACUCGGUAAAAAGCACAGGACAUCUGGGAAAAAAAUAAUCGGAGCAUGUUUGUUUCUUUGUUUGCAUGUUUUGCCCCAAGUACUGUAUGUGUGUGGUUAAUAUAGACUUGAUGCCUUGCAAUAGGCGUCUAUUUGGUCUUUGAACAUCUUGACACCUGUUUUAUUUGACAUAAAAGAUCAAGCCUAGUCUUAUGUGUUUUUUCUAUCAUCAUUUUGAUACUGCCAAAAAGGUCCCAUAGAUAUCGUACAAUUUAAAGCAUCGGGCUGUGUCGGGUUUCGCAUUUGUACUGUCGUGGCUGCUUUGAAAUGUUGUACAAAUCUUUGAAAUGUUGUACAAUGCUUUGAAAUGAUGUCCAAUUCUUUGAAAUGUUGUACAAUGCUUUGAAAUGAUGUACAAUGCCGUGCGACCCUCAGAUGCAGCGGAGAGCGACAAAGGGAAGGGCAUUUUCCAGUUUGACUUCCACCACCGGAGCUCCUUCGUGUGCACGAGCAAACCUCGUUGUGAGAUGAAGUUGCGAACUCUGAACUGCGUUGGAACAACACCGUCUGCUGAAGGCGGCCGUUAUUUCAUGCGUCUAUGUUCAUAGCGCUCAAAUAAUAAUUUGUUAAUUAUAAUGAAUGUCGCUAUAAAACUGGAAAAUGCCUUUACGAUGUUUUUUUCCAAAAUUACGGAUUGUCGCAUCAAUUCACCUGCCCUUCCAAACUAGAAUUCUCCCAAAUACGUCAGAACUGAAUGUAUUUACAUAUCUUGAGCAUUUCAUCAUUGUUAAUAUUACUGUUAUUGUAGGAAUGAUGCUGGCCUGAUUUCGGAAGGGAUUGUCUCGGCUUGCUGGUUUUUUUUUUCGUCAGUGCUUUUGUCUCAUAGAACUUGAUUGUCUUGAGAUGUUACAGACAUGUCGCCUCUAAAAUGAGUUUCCUUAUGCUUAAUGUCUGCAAUAUAAUGUCACAAAAAGUG